AUUUUUUUAGAAGAAUAGAGAAUUUGAAGGAGGAAGGUUCUCUCGUUAGAAACAAAAAUUACACAAUUUUUCGUGGAAGCCAUUAAUUAGUGUUAAAUUCCCUUGCUGCAACACAAAACAAAUCAAAAGGCAUCAAGGAUGUUAAAAUAUAAGCAAAUUGUGAUUUUAAGUGCUGUCGUUCUACUAUGCGGACAAGCAAUUUGUGAGGAUGUGUUGCCUGAAAAGAAACACACAACAACGACGCCAAAGCCCGAAACAACCACGGAAGUCGAUCCGACGUCAUCGAGCGAUGUCCCAACCACAACUUCUUCGACGGUAGCUCCAACCACGACGACACCUACGACGACUGAAAAGCCUUCAACGACAACUGCAUCGACGACAACCCCGACGCCGGCUCCUCCAUCGACAACUCCCAAACCGGGCCCCAUGCCAAAGCCCCAAACCGGCUCGUGGUUCUUCACUGACGCCAAAACGAACCAAACUUGUGUCAUCGUUCAAAUGGCCAUCCAGCUGAAAUUCAACUACACCAACACCGAAAACAAAGUCGUAGAAACAACUCACAACAUUCCAGUGAACGGAUCUCGCGUUUUGGAGGGAUCUUGCACAAAUACCACGCAAAUGAUCAAGAUCGAGACGAACGAGAAUUGUACAUUCAGUCUUACUUUCCUCAAGGAAAAGGAGUCUUUUGAGUUGUCAGACAUGAUGUUUGUUCUUGAUGGAACUGCGAUGGGUGCUAAAGAUCCCCAAAUCACCAUUCACUACACAAACAAAACCUUCGUAACGCCAAUUACCCGUUCUUACUACUGCACAAAGGAGCAAACUAUCUUCGCCAAUGACACAGCAGCUGCAACACCCGCCCAAAUUGUCCUGUCUCACGUCCAAUUGGAAGCUUUCCACACAAAAACCGCACACGAAUUUUCCUCCGCCAAGGAUUGCGAUGCCAUGGAAACGCCCGAUAUUGUCCCAAUUGCCGUCGGAAUCUCGUUGGCUGCUUUGGUUGUCGUCGUUUUGAUCGCUUACUUGGUGGCUCGUCAUCGAUCGCAGGCACGCGGUUACAUGAGCAUGUAAAUGUCUCGAAUUCUGUGUGUGCUCGUAUCAAAAAAAAAAAAAAAAAAACAUGAAGAAGGCUGAGAAGUUAAUUUUUUUCAUUUCAUUUUCUUAUUUUUUUGGAUAAGGAACAAAAAAAACAAAAAAAAAUUGAGAAAUUAUAUUUAAAAAAAAAAUUGUAUGAUGAUGAUAACCGAAAAGUCUGAGUCGAUGAGAAAUUUAUCUCUUCGUGAAUUUUUUGCUUGAACGCGUUUCACUUUUUGUAAAAGUUCAAUGAGAUUUUUUUGAUUAAAUUCAAACGUUUAAAUGUCACUUUACUUGUCACAACCUUCAAUUUCCGUAAAAUUCAAUGUAAACAAAGCAAUUUUUAAUAAAAGUAAAUUUUACUACUUCGAAACAGGAAAAAAAUCAAUUAGGCGUAAAAUAAAGCAGAAAAAAACGUGAUUUAUAAAAAAAAUUAAUGAUAGCAUUAAAAUAUCAGAAAAAAAAGAUCUUUGUAAAUUUAUUAAGAUUUACCUGAAAAAU